CCGAGCCCCGGUGCUGCCAGUCGCGGCGCGGUCGGCGGCGUGUCCGCUUCCAAAAUGGCGGCGGCAGCGGUGACUGGCACGCUCGGCCGGGCGGGCUGGAGGCUCCUGCAGCUGCGGUGCCUGCCCGUGUCCCGCUGCCGACCAGCCAUGGCGCCACGUGCUUUCCAUGCUUCAGCAAUGCAGCUGAAGGCUUCAGAUGAGCAGAAGCAGCAGUCUCCCCCCUCUUUUUCUCAGCAACAUUCUGAGACACAGGGGGCAGGAAAACCCCACCCAGACUCGUCUCGUUCACCCCCCAGGUACACAGAUCAGGGCGGUGAGGAGGAGGAGGACCAUGAGAGUGAGGAGCAGCUGCAGCACCGCAUCCUGACGGCAGCCCUGGAGUUCGUGCCUGCCCAUGGGUGGACAGCAGAAGCAAUCGCAGAAGGAGCCCAGUCUCUGGGUCUCUCCAGUGCAGCAGCCAGCAUGUUUGGAAAUGAUGGCAGUGAGCUGAUACUGCAUUUUGUGACCCAGUGCAACACUCGGCUCACCCAUGUGCUGGAAGAGGAACAGAAGCUGGUACAGCUGGGCCAGGCAGAGAAGAGGAAGACAGACCAGUUCCUGAGGGAUGCAGUGGAAACCAGACUGAGAAUGCUGAUUCCGUACAUUGAGCACUGGCCCCGGGCCCUCAGCAUACUCAUGCUCCCUCCCAACAUCCCAUCCAGCCUGAGCCUGCUUACCAGCAUGGUGGAUGACAUGUGGCAUUACGCUGGGGACCAGUCCACUGACUUUAACUGGUACACCCGCCGAGCUGUGCUGGCUGGCAUCUACAACACAACAGAGCUGGUGAUGAUGCAGGACUCCUCCCCAGACUUUGAGGACACUUGGCGCUUUCUGGAAAACCGGAUUAAUGAUGCAAUGAACAUGGGCCACACAGCCAAGCAGAUGAAGUCUACUGGAGAGGCACUGGUGCAAGGACUCAUGGGUGCAGCUGUGACACUCAAGAACUUGACAGGUCUAAACCAGCGCCGGUGAGCAGGAAGCUGUGUAAGCUAGAGUCCCCAGAAGAAACCCACAGAUAUAUUUAAAGGGCUUUGAAAAGUAUGGAGUGCCAUCCACGGAACAGGGUAUUAAUGAGAAAACACUGAAGGACUCCUGAAUCACCACCUGGAAACCACAGGCACUUGAUGAUACAGUUAUAGCCCAGGACUGGGCCACAUCUUCACUUCUAAAUACUGGGCCAGGCCUCUUGAUGCCUUUCUGCAUUGCAGUGUGAUUGAAAAAUGAGGCUCUCAUCAAAACAUUCAAGCUACAGAAACCCAGCUCGUCCUUUUCAUGGUCCCCCGAGCACCUUGAUCAUGUCUUAACCUUCAUAGAGAUGUUGUCUGGGGCUCCCAAGUCAGAGUCAGGGUCUGAGCCACCACAAGGUGGCAGCUCAUCCCCCACACAGCACAGACUUGCGCACACAGGCUUGCAGCUCCUUCCCUCUCUGGUGUCCUGAAAUGCUGCGCCUGGGAACCUCCUGAAAGCUGCCUCACCUGAGACAGGAACCUACUGGACGUUGGUGCUCAGCCUGGCCAGAGGUGUGAUCCCAGGCCCUGUGUCACCUUACACCAGCGUGUGUUGCAGCAUUAUUAGUGAACCUAGAAUCUGUAAAAAUAAUAAUAAUAUGUUUGAAACA